AUUUAAGAUCUGCAGAAUUGGUAGGAGCUGGCCAUUGUGGCAUUAGACCGAGAGACCAGAACUCUUCCCAUUUUCCACGCUGUCCAUGGAUUUUGUUGCUGGGGCCAUUGGAGGAGUCUGCGGUGUUGCUGUGGGCUACCCUCUGGAUACAGUGAAGGUCAGGAUCCAGACUGAGGCCAAGUAUACCAGCAUUUGGCACUGCAUCCGGGACACGUACUGUCAAGAGCGGGUGUGGGGCUUCUACCGGGGCCUCUCACUGCCCGUGUGCACCGUGUCCCUGGUGUCGUCUGUUUCUUUUGGCACUUACCACCACUGCCUGGCUCACAUUUGCCGCUUCCGGUACGGCAGCAUUGACGCCAAGCCCACCAAGGCUGAUAUCACACUCUCAGGAGGCGCCUCUGGCCUUGUCCGGGUGUUCUUGACAUCACCCACAGAGGUGGCCAAGGUCCGCCUGCAGACACAGGCCCAAGCUCAGACACAGCAGCGGCGGCCCUCAGCCUCCUGGACAUCAGUGGCUCCUGCUUUGUGUCCUGCACCCAAUGCAUGUCUGGAACCAAGGCCCAAGUACCGUGGGCCGCUGCACUGUUUAGUCACAGUGGCCCGCGACGAGGGGCUUCGGGGGCUCUACAAGGGCAGCUCAGCUCUGCUCCUUCGUGACGGUCACUCUUUUGCCACCUACUUCCUCUCUUAUGCCAUGCUCUGUGAGUGGCUCACCCCUGCUGGCCAUAGCCAGCCAGAUGUCCUAGGUGUGCUGGUGGCUGGAGGAUGUGCUGGCGUCCUGGCCUGGGCCGUGGCCACCCCCAUGGAUGUGAUCAAGUCACGCCUGCAGGCAGACGGGCAGGGCCAGCAGCGCUACCGGGGCCUCCUGCACUGUGUGGUGACCAGUGUGCGGGAGGAGGGCCCCAGGGUGCUCUUCAAAGGGCUGACGCUCAACUGCUGCCGUGCCUUUCCUGUCAAUAUGGUGGUCUUCGUGGCCUAUGAGGCUGUGCUGCGGCUCACUCGGAGACUGUUCACAUAGGGCCACCGGUCGGUAGCAGCCAGCUCACAGCCGCUGGAGGCCAAGGGGAGCAUGGACAGGUUCAGGACCCCACAGGGCUGUCACUGGAACAGUAGAGGGCCUUCUGUGCAAUGACUUAGGUGAGGCCUGAGCUUGGCCUGCCCAGCUGCUGCUCACCAAGUCAGGGGGUCGAACUGCUUGGGGGUCACGAGUCAAGGCUGUGUGGGUCUCCUUGAUGAGGAUGCGCCACUUGGAGUCAUUUGUCACCGAGCAACUGUCCAUUCCUGAGUGUCCUCCCUUGUCCACACCCAUGACCUCAGAGCAUUUUCUCACCAGCCCCAGUUCCACUCAUCUUCCGAUUCAUACUCUUCCCUUAAGAGACAAUUGAGGGACCAGACAGCAAGCUGAGCCAUCUGGCUACAGGCUGGGCUUGUUCCCUGUCCCAGGCUGUCCAAGAGGGCCCAGAGUCCUCACUGGUCCACAAGCUGGUGUGGUGCUUCACUGA